GAGCCACCGGACACGAGCCUUUCACUUUAUUAAUUUUCACCCGUUCGUUUCACCGAGAAAUGAUCGCAGAGUUGGUGUCGAGCGCCGUGGCUCUGAUCCUCUACCUCAACAGCCUGGGAGCGGAUUUCUGCUACGACGACAGCCGUGUGAUCAAAACCAACCAAGACCUGCUUCCGGAAACACCCUGGACCAAUGUUUUCUAUGAUGACUUCUGGGGGACUCUACUCACCCAUAGCGGUAGCCAUAAGUCCUACCGGCCACUUUGCAUCCUCUCCUUCCGCCUCAACUAUGCUCUGGGAGGCCUGGACCCUUGGGGCUACCAUGUAGUCAACGUGGUGCUGCACUGUGCUGUCACCGGCCUCUUCGUCAGCAUGUCCCGCCUGCUGCUAGGCACGGGCCGCUGGACUCUUCUAGCAGGGCUUCUCUUCGCAUCGCACCCAGUGCACACAGAAGCGGUGGCUGGGGUAGUGGGGCGAGCCGACGUGGGGGCAGCGUUGUUAUUCCUUCUGUCGCUGCUCUGCUACGCCCAGCACUGCGCCUCAAGGCCCCACUCAGGACGCCGCUGGCACUGGAUCCUGGGCAGCCUGGCCUGUGCUGCCGGAAGCAUGCUGUGGAAGGAGCAGGGCAUCACCGUGUUGGCUGUGUCCGCCAUGUACGAUACCUUAGUCUUCCACCGCCUCAGGUUGCAUCAGGUCGUCGACCUCCUUUUUCAAAAAAGGAAGAAUGUCAAUCUGCUCUUGAGUUUGAGCUUGCUGGCCACGUGGGGGGCCAUGUUGUUGGCGGCACGACUCUACUGGAUGGGCGUCAAGCCACCCAGCUUCUCCAACUCGGACAACCCUGCUGCCGACUCGCCUAGCUUACUCACCAGGACGUUGACAUUCUUGUACCUUCCAGCAGCCAACGCUUGGCUGCUCUUGUGCCCGGACACAUUGAGCUUUGACUGGUCCAUGGAUGCAGUACCGUUGCUCAGGACUGUGUCUGACUGGAGGAACAUCCACACUGUGGCCUUUUACACCCUGUUGUUCCUUUUAACCGGAGUUGGUCUACGGAGCCCCUCAAGAGCCCGAGAGGCUAACGGAAGAGGCCAUGCUACAAAUGGGAAGCUCCUCACGAACGGGCUUCAUCCACCUCCGGAGCGCUCAAGCUCCAGUUCAAUGCUGCUGAAUGGCACGGCAAAUGGCACCACAACCCCCGCCCCCCCCAGGACUACACUGCCUGCCACGUGGAACGUGGUGAUCUUCUCCCUUGGACUCCUGUCCAUUCCAUUCCUCCCUGCCACCAACCUGUUCUUCUAUGUGGGCUUCGUAAUCGCCGAGCGGGUCCUGUACAUCCCCAGCAUGGGCUUCUGCCUGCUGGUGGCAGUGGGUGCGAGAGCCCUAUACAUUCGCCUAAACAGGCGCUCCCUCAGAUUGAUCCUGCUGUGCUGCUGUGGUGCAGUAGUCCUCCUGUACGGAGUGAGGACGGUGCUGAGGAACCAGGACUGGAGGAACGAAGAGAAGUUGUACAGGUCAGGCAUACCUGUGAACCCUGCGAAAGCCUGGGGCAACCUAGGGAAUGUACUGAAGAACCAGGGAAAGACGGUUGAGGCUGAACGAGCCUACAGAAAUGCCCUGUACUUCAGAAGGAACAUGGCUGACAUGUUGUACAACCUGGGUCUACUGCUGCAGGAGAACAAGAGACUCUCAGAGGCGUUGCAUUAUUACAAACUGGCAAUUGGGAGCAGGCCCACACUGGCAUCCGCCUACCUGAACACAGGCAUCAUCCUGAUGAACCAGGGACACCUGGACGAUGCCAGGCGGACCUUCCUUGCCUGCGCCAACAUCCCUGACGAGAACCUGAAGGACCCCCAUGCCCACCGGAGCUCGGUGACCAGCUGUCUGUACAACCUGGGCAAGCUGCUCCAUGAUCAGGGCCACCAGGAGGAGGCCCUAUCAGCCUAUAAAGAAGCCAUAAAGAAGAUGCCAUCUCAAUUUGCUCCACAGAGUCUUUACAAUAUGAUGGGAGAAGCCUACAUGAAGCUUAACAAGUUUCCGGAGGCUGAACGCUGGUACAAAGAGUCCUUGAGGGUCAAGCCUGACCAUGUUCCUGCCCAUCUGACCUAUGCAAAGCUUUUGGCCCUGACAGGACAGAAGUCAGAAGCAGAAACGUUCUUCCUGAAGGCCAUCAAGCUAGAACCUUCCAAAGGAAAUGGCUACAUGCACUACGGUCAGUUUUUGUUGGAUGAGUCCCGAUUUACGGAGGCCGCUGAGAUGGCGGAAAGAGCAGUUGGACUGGAGAACAAUGAGUUUGAUGUGGUCUUCAAUGCAGCCCAUGUGCUCCGACAAACUGGCCUGAAUGAAGCAGCUGAGAAGUAUUACAAACUUGCAGCAGAACUUCGGCCCAAUUACCCCGUGGCCCUCAUGAACUUGGGCGCCAUCCUCCAUCUCAACGGGAAAUUGGUGGAGGCCGAGGCCAGUUACCUCAGAGCGCUGAAGUUCAAACCUCAGGAUGCCAUCACCAAGUCCAACCUGCACAAGCUAUGGAACAUCAUGGCCAAGCGAGGCAUGAUGAGGAUGGAGCCAUCAGCCUGACAUGGGGGCCAUUCCCUUGAAGCAAAGACAUUGGACAUCAGAGCAGUCAGAGAACUCCUGUACCUUUGGGAAUCAGUUUGCCAGGACCACCUAGUUUGAAGCUGGCUUUACAUCAACAUGUUUUUUUGAAACCUUGUGAAUAGCUUCAUGAUAUUUUUGUCAGUAACUCCAAGGGUCUGAUGAGGACAGCAGACAAAGAUGGUGCCUCGUUCUUCCAAAGGAACUGACAAACACAUUCCAGUCCUCCUAUGUCUUGGAAACCACGCAAGUAACCUCUUUGAAUCAAACUCAACUCAAUGGCACAUCCAUCCAUAAGGGUCCACUCAUAUGUAUUUCA